AUGGAUGCUCCGCCGCAACGCGCUUUUAAUGCUGUCUUUACCUUGUCAGGCAAUGCAGCAGCCGGGGUGCCAGGAAGCGAACUUGGCUCUGGAGCACAUGCUGCCUUAACCAAUCAGUCUCAGGGAGAGAUGCCAGCCCAGUUCCUUAACUGGGUCCGCAUUAUCAUUACUAUCACCUGUGCCCCUGAGCAUCCUGGCGUCAACGGCGGCAACGGUCGUGAAUUCAAUUAUUUCGACUAUAUUCCUCGUGAUAUGAUCGGACGCAGACUCGAGUCUUGCAACGUCAACUGGGAGCCCGCAGGUCGCUAUUUCGCCGGAAUCCGCAACAGGUACCACAAUAUCGUCUUGUUCUCACAGACUUGGGAUUGCCAAUUCUGCGGAGAAAUCUCCAGACAUCUGUACAUGUCAGGCAUGCCACGUCUCAUGGACAUGCGUAGAUGGUUCGUCUAUGCCAUCCCGAUUUGUCGCACUCUCGGCUCCUGCGAUCGAAAGGCCGUCGCAUUGGUGGACAAGAUCUUCAGCGAGCGUUUUCCAACCAUGGCUGUUCCUGAUGGUCCUUGCUGUGAGGUUUGUGGCUUCGUCCACGAUUUGAAAUGGUGCAGUAGAUGCAACAUGAUCCAGUACUGCUCCGUUGAGUGCCAGGCACAUCAUUGGCCAAUGCACAAGAAGGACUGUCGUAACGCCGAGCGCGAAAGGCUUGCCGGGAAUUAA